ACCUGCCUGAAUCUGGUGCAUGCAGUCUUUCCUGAUGACAAUGUAUCCAGUGGCCCCCAGACCUGUGUUAUUGGCCCCCUGGUGAAGCUGAGUCUCUGUUUAGCUAUUUCUGAUUGAAGUAUCAUCAUCUUUUUUGCAAGUUGGGGGUCAUUUGAGACACGAGGACAGCGGCCCCCUUUUGCAUCAUGGGCUUAAUGCAGGCACUGAUGGUCAUUGCCAUGUUCGCAGCAAGCGGGGAGGCAGCGGACUUUUGCGGCAGCAUGGACAUCCGCAACGAUGUUUCACAGUUCCAGAAGCUGGAAAAUUGCACCGUAAUCCAAGGCAACUUGCAGAUUCUGCUCAUGUUCAGCACCAAGCCGGAGGAUUUCCGAGGCCUCAGCUUCCCCCGCCUGACCAUGAUCACAGAGUACCUCCUCUUGUUCCGCGUCUACGGCUUGGAAAGUCUACGAGAGCUCUUCCCCAACCUGUCUGUCAUCCGGGGCACGGACCUCUUCUUCCAUUACUCUCUGGUGAUCUACGAGAUGCCAAACUUGCGAGACGUGGGUCUUCACAGCCUCACCAACAUCCUCCGCGGGGUGGUUCGCAUUGAACGCAAUCAAGAGCUUUGUCACAUCCACACCAUUGACUGGGCGCUGCUCUCGGAUUCCGUAGAAAGCCAUUACAUCGUGGGGAACAAGCCGGUAGAAGAAUGUGCCGACGUCUGUCCUGGGAUUCUGGAUAUGGAAGAGUCCUGCGUAAAGACUCAUAUAAAUGGCGUCACCGAGCCUCGUUGCUGGACUUCCAGUAACUGCCAGAAAGUUUGUGACUGCCCAACGAAUAUCGCCUGCACCAGCAACGGUGGAUGUUGUCAUCGUGAGUGCCUAGGAGGUUGCAGCAGACAGGGAGACAACCGUGCCUGCGUGGCCUGCCUAAACUUUUACUUCAACGGUCAGUGCUUGCCCUCCUGUCCGCCCGAAACCUACGAGUACGCGGGGUGGCGCUGCGUUACCACCGAGUACUGCGCCAGCCUGCGCAAGGUGUCCGAGAACGCUCGGGAGUCUUCCAAGUUUGUGAUCUACAAGAACCGCUGUCAAUCGGAGUGUCCGUCGGGAUACACCAGGAAUGAAAGCAGCAUCGUUUGCCAUAAGUGUGAGGGAUUGUGUCCCAAGGUGUGCAAGGUUGGGAUCAAGCCCAUUGACUCCAUACAGACAGCGAAGGAGCUCACCGGAUGUACUUACAUCGAAGGCAGUUUAAUCCUCAACAUUCGCAAAGGCAUAAACAUAGAUGCUGAGCUGCAGGAAAGCCUUGGAUUAAUAGAGACCAUCACCGGCUUCCUGAAAAUCAAGCACUCCUUCGCUCUCGUGUCUUUGUCGUUUUUUAAAAACCUGAAGCUUAUACGGGGAGAUUCCAUGGUAGAUGGGAACUACACAUUGUAUGUGUUGGACAAUCAGAACCUUCAGCAGCUGUGGGAGCCAAGUCGAGAGAACCUCUCCAUUCCCGUCGGAAAACUCUACUUCGCUUUCAACCCCAAGCUCUGUCUCUCUGAGAUCAGCCACAUAGAAGAAAUAACCGGCACGAAAGGGCGACAGAACAAAGCUGAUAUCAACCCUCGUACCAACGGAGACCGAGCUUCCUGUAAAACCCAUACCCUCCAUUUUAUUAGCAACAGCACGGAAUCUGAUCGCAUUGUUCUGAGAUGGGAGCGAUAUCAGCCUCCAGAUUACAGGGACCUGCUGAGCUUCAUUGUUUACUACAAAGAAUCGCCGUUUCAGAACAUCACCGAGUACCUGGGGCAAGAUGCCUGCGGGGCCAACAGCUGGAAUGUGCUAGAUGUGGAGCUGCCUCUGAACAAAGAUCAAGAGCCGAGCGUUUCCCUGACAAACCUGAAACCCUGGACACAAUAUGCAAUAUACGUCCGCGCCAUAACAUUGUCUACGGCCGAAGAUGGACAGAAUUAUGGAGCCCAGAGCGAUGUGGUUUACGUUCGAACUAAGCCAGCAGCACCUACUGUCCCCCAGGAUGUCAUUGUAAUGUCAAAUUCCUCAUCCCAGCUAAUUGUCCGCUGGAAGCCACCAACUCAACGCAAUGGAAACAUCACCUAUUACCUAGUUUUGUGGCAACAGAUGAUGGAAGAUCAGGAGCUGUACAUUAAUGAUUACUGCACCAAAGGUCUGAAGCUACCCACCAGUACUGCCGACACCAGGUUCGACAAUGAUGACAACAGCAAUCAAGAUGCAAACCAGGACUUUGAAGAUAAAUGCUGCCCAUGCCAAAAAAAUGGGGGUCAGCUUCUGGAAGGGGAAGAGGGGUCCUUCCAAAAGAAGUUUGAAAACUUUUUGCGGAACACAAUCUUCAUCCCAAGGCCUCCUUGGAAAGUGACACUAAUCAACAAGAGAUCUCCCAAGAGGAGAAGAGAUGUAUCCGGGUUGGCUAGUGAUGUUCUUGGAAAUAUCACCAUACCAGAAGGGACUGUUAGCCACACCAUCAACAAUACGCUGGGAGACAUGAAGCCGUACAAGGACAAAAUCUUCCGGGACCGGAUGGUAAUAUCCAGCCUGAAGCACUUCACCGAAUACCGCAUCGACAUUCAUGCCUGUAACCACGCUGCCGACGUCGUUGGGUGCAGCGCAGCCACCUUCGUCUAUGCCAGAACAAUGCCAGAUCCACAAGCAGAUAACAUCGCUGGUAACAUCACCUGGAAACCUAUCGGGAAAAACGCCAUCUUGAUGAAUUGGGAAGAGCCUCCAAAACCCAACGGCCUGAUACUUAAAUACGAGAUAAAGUAUAAGAGGGACAAUGAGGAUGAACCUUCAACUGUGGUCUGUGUCUCCCGCCAACGAUUCCAAAAAUACAAGGGCGCCCAUCUCACUUUGCUGCAACCUGGAAAUUAUUCGGCUCGAAUCAGAGCCACAUCCUUAUCUGGAAAUGGAUCUUGGACUCCGACUGUUUUUUUCGUCCCUGGGCCAGAGGAGCAAUCAGAGGACCUCUAUCUGCUUCUCAAAGUGAUGCCCAUAAUCUUGCUUCUGAUUAUUGCCUUACUAGCCGUCUUCAUCUUCUUCUACAACAAGAAAGGAAGCAGCGAUGGAUACCCCAGUGGAACACUAUAUGCCUCUGUUAACCCGGAAUAUUUAAGUGCUACAGACAUGUACGUGGCAGAUGAAUGGGAAUUCCCCAGAGAGAAGAUCAGCAUUAUCAAAGAGCUUGGCCAGGGGUCUUUUGGAAUGGUCUACGAGGGGGUGGCCAAGGAGAUUGUGAAGAAUGAACCCGUGACCAAAGUGGCUCUGAAGACUGUGAAUGAGCUGGCUAGCAUGAGAGAACGGAUAGAGUUCCUCAGUGAAGCCUCGGUGAUGAAAGCCUUUCUGUGUCAUCAUGUGGUACGCCUGUUGGGUGUUGUGUCCCAAGGACAGCCGGCUAUAGUGAUCAUGGAGUUGAUGACCAGGGGGGACCUGAAGAGUUACCUACGCUCUUUGAGAUCAGAAGACGAGAAUAGGCACAGAGGAUCUCAGCCAUCCCUGAAGCAGAUGAUCCAGAUGGCAGGAGAGAUAGCGGACGGCAUGGCCUAUCUCAAUGCCAAAAAAUUUGUGCAUAGGGAUUUGGCUGCCCGUAACUGCAUGGUGUCCGAGGACCUCACCGUAAAAAUAGGAGAUUUUGGAAUGACUCGAGAUAUUUAUGAGACUGACUAUUACCGUAAAGGGGGCAAGUCGCUUCUCCCGGUGCGAUGGAUGUCUCCAGAGUCCUUAAAAGAUGGAAUCUUUACUCCGCAUUCUGACGUCUGGUCGUUUGGCGUCGUUUUGUGGGAAAUCGCCACUUUGGCAGAGCAGCCUUACCAAGGCAUGGCCAACGAGCAAGUCCUUCACUUCGUGAUAGACAACGGGACCUUGGAAAAACCGGAGAACUGUCCCGACAGACUGCAUGAGCUGAUGACCUGGUGCUGGCAGAAGAAUCCCAAGCAUCGUCCGUCCUUCAUCCAUAUCCUGGAGAGUAUUAAAGACGACCUAAACUCCACUUUCAAGAAAGUGUCCUUUUACUACAGCCAGGACCACAAAUACAGGGAGUCUUCUGAGGCUUCUGACACGGAGGUUGACCAGUCCCAGAAACUUCUCCUGGAUCAGUCUCCUUCUCCUCCUUUCAACAACUUUUCUCCCUUGAGCAAACUGCAGAAAGACCCACCUUUGAAUGGCAUAGCAGUCAAAAGAGAUUCAGUAAAAAACAAGAACUGUUAUCAUAUGAACGGGAAUGCUAAGCACUGAGGAGACUUCCCACGGCAAACUUAACAGG